AUGGCCAAUGGGGGCUUUGCUCCUGGCCCUGCGGACAGCAAGAAGGUUCGAUUGACCAACUACCCCUCGAUCGCAAACGCUCUCCUCCCAGCGGAAGGCUCCGGCCAAUUCUCAAACCUGCACCUCGCAAUCCUCGUCCUCCUUGCACCCGCCGUCCUCACCCGCAUCGUCCCCUUCUUCAAGUCCUCUUGGGUACCAUGGUGGCUCUACUUCACCUUGGCCGCACUCCUCGGUACGCCCGUAGCAGUCACCUACUGGUACGUCAUGUCGCGCAUCGGUUCCCGCAAGAACACACGCGUGACCAUGCCCGGACGACCCAUUACCGACUACCUCGUCUUCAACGACCCUCAGCUUAAGCGCGAGUAUGCCGACAAGCCCGGAAAGAAGAUCCCAAUGAACGUAUUUUCGGAGGCCUACUUUGACAAGAAGAUCGACAUUGUUGGCGGGGAUGCUAAGAUGCUUGAGGUGCUCGAGUAUAGGAUGGACUGGGCCGAUAUGGUCUUCACGCCCGAGCUCUUCAAGUUUGUCCUCACUACUCUCGUGCCAGAUGUGUUGAGCCACUCGGCGCGACAGGACGAGGAGCAGGUGCGCGACCACUACGACCGAGGGAAUGAUUUCUACGAAUGGUUCCUCGGCCCGCAAAUGAUCUACACCUCGGGCGUCAUCUCUGACCCCACCCGCAAAGAGACCCUCGAAGAGCUCCAAGACAACAAGCUCGCCCUCGUCUGCUCCAAGCUCAACCUUCAACCCACAGACAAGCUCCUCGACAUCGGCUGCGGGUGGGGAACACUGACCGCCUUCGCAGCAAAGAACUUUGGGUGUGAUGCGACGGGUGUGACUUUGGCUAGGGAGCAGACCAGGUUCGGCAACGAGAGGAUCCGGAAGAACGGCAUUGAUGAGAAGAAGGCGAGGAUUCUCUGCAUGGACUACCGUGAUAUCCCUGUGGAAGCCGGCUACUACGACAAGAUCGUCUCCCUCGAAAUGGCCGAACACGUCGGUAUCCGCCACUACUCCAAGUUCCUCCGCGACGUCUACUCUCGCCUUUCGGACGAGGGAGUCUUCCUCUUCCAAGUCGCCGGUCUGCGCCCCCAGUGGCAAUACUGGGACCUCAUUUGGGGCCUCUUCAUGAACAAGUACAUCUUCCGCGGUGCAGACGCCUCGCUACACGUGGGCUGGGUCAUCACCCAGCUCGAGAAGGCGGGUUUCGAGGUGCGCUCCUGCGAUGUCCUUGGAGUGCACUACAGCGCCACGAUUCACAGGUGGUUGGAGAACUGGUACAGCAAUGAGGACAAGGUACGCGCAAAGUACGGGGACAGGCUAUGGAGGAUUUGGGUCUACUUCCUUGCUUCGUCGACGAUUAUUGCCAGGGAGGGAGGAAGCUCCGUCUUCCAGAUUGCGCUGCACAAGAACUUGAACGCGACACACCGCGUUGAGAGUGUUUUCGGUCAUGGAAACAUUCACCCGAAGCCGGCGAGGGAGGUCAGGAGCGUUUGGAGGGAUGGGCAGACGGAGAUGGGCAAGUAG